GUUCACAUUGUUCAGCACAUGUAUGGCUGUGAGUGGGAUGAUGAGACUGAAGAGGUCAAAGGUUAUGAUCAAUUUGGUUAUGAUGGAGAAGAUUUCAUAACACUGAGCCUGGAGACAAAAUCCUGGGUCGCGCCAACCCGACAAGCYGUCAUCACCAARCAGAAAUGGGAUAGUAAUGUAGCUUUUGAAAGGAAUGAGGAGUCCUACUUAACUGAGAUUUGUCCUGAGUGGCUGCAGAAAUAUGUGAACUAUGGGAGGAGCUCACUGAUWAAAACAGAGCUUCCCUCAGUUUCUUUCCUCCAGAGGACUCCAUCCUCUCCAGUCAGCUGCCACGCUACAAGUUUCUAUCCUGACACAGCAGAAAUGUUCUGGAGGAAAGAUGGAGAGGAGAUUCAUGAUGGUGUGGAAAAAGGAGAAAUCCUCUCCAACCAUGAUGGGACCUUCCAGAUGAGUAUCAACAUUUAUCUGGAAUCUGUUCCACCUGAAGACUGGAUCAAGUACGAAUGUGUGUUUCUGCUUUCUGGAGUCGAGAGAGACGUCAUCAGACUGGAGAAAACAAGAAUCAGGACCAAUGAAUCAGUGAAAAACGUCUCAACAGUGAAUUGCAACACUAUGAACAUCCUUCUUGCUGUUGCCGUGAUUCUCCUUUGUCUCAUUGGUGGAAUUAUUGGAUUCAUUCUUUACAAGAAGUAUACAGGUGAGAAACGGAUAUGGUGUUUUCCUUUCCUUUGUUCUGAUUGUUGUUCUUUAUCCAGUGAGAAUUAGACUUGAUUAAACAUUAAAGCUUUAUAUAAACCUCAUUUAGAAAUGAGUCAAUGCCAUGGUAUGUGUAGCUUUGAUUUAGAUCUAUAUACUUCAUCUAGGUUUAGACCACAAAAACUGCAAAUUAUAAAAAAAGCUAGAAACCCUCAACUCAGACAGAUUAAUUUGAUUCAAAAUGAAUAAACUUWAUCCUUUUUACAGUUGUGAUAUAGUGAAAAAAAAUUAGAGAAUAGUGGUAAAUAUGAUGAGAUAUUAAUUGUCCUGUACUGGAAGGUGAAAACAUGCAUUUCAAUCUAAACAUGUAACAUUUGAGCAGAGAAAGUUCAGUUUGUUCUUCUAAAAGUAAAAAUAUCAGGGGAUCAGCAUUAAUUAUAAUUUCCAAACCAAACUUCAGUCUCAUACAUGCACAGAAUAAAACAACACAU